CACUCACACGUCAUUUUCGCGCGUCGCUGUCGCUAUCCUCUGGGAAGUCAUGAACAAGAUGGCGUCUGCGUCGGAUCCGCAGGUUGAAGAAGACACCGAGUUGGAUGAAUUAUUGGACAGUGCCCUUGAUGACUUUGACAAGGCAAACGUUCCGCCUUCUGCCCCAGAGGCAGCUGCUGGUCCUAAUGCAGACCAGUCCAGUGGGAAGAAACCCCCUCUGUUGGAGGACACUCAGUUUUUUGAGAACCUGUUUGAAGGAGAGAUGGCAAACCAGGCAAAAGAGGAGUGGGAGAGGGCCAUGGUCGAGCUUGCCCAAGAGGAGCCAGAGCUGCUGCAGCAUUUUCAAAAACUGUCUGACGCAGCAGGGAAAGUUGGCAGUGAUGUAGCUUCACAGCAGGAAUUCACCUCAUGUCUGAAAGACACCCUCAGUGGACUUGCAAAAAAUGCAGACUACUUGCAGAGUUCAGGAUUAGCAGGAGAGGACCUGGCAAAGACUUUAGAAGGACUGGGAUUAGACGACAAUGGAGAAGGAGGAGGAGAGGAUGGAAAUAUUUUACCCAUCAUGCAAUCUAUCAUGCAAAAUCUGCUCUCCAAAGAAGUUCUGUACCCAUCACUCAAAGAGAUUACAGAGAAGUAUCCUGAGUGGCUGAACAGCAACAAAGAGUCCCUCCCUCCUGAGGAGUUCAAUCGUUAUGAGCAACAACACAAGAUCAUGGGAGACAUUUGUUCCCAGUUUGAGAAAGAUGGAGAUCAGGAAAGCGCUUUUGAGAACAUUCUGGAACUUAUGCAGAAGCUGCAAGAUCUAGGCCAACCACCAAAAGAGUUGGCAGGAGACGCGCCUCCUGGCCUGAACCUCAACAUGGAAUCUUUGAAUAUCCCAGGAGCACCUGGGGCAGGACCUGCUGAGCAGUGCUCAAUUAUGUGAUCUCACAAGGCACUAUCAGGUGUUUGCAAUACUGUCUCACAAAAGCUGCUCCAGGAGGAUUUGAUCUGUUCUGUUAUGGAUACUUUCAAGAGGGAGCUCUGUGUGUACAAAUGUACACUGUGGAUGCAGGCAAGACACCAGUGCAGUGACUACCCCUGACAAAAAAGCUUCUUCCUGACUGAUUGAUCAUUCACAAGAGAAGAGCUGCUCUUGGAAUCUAUCACUUAAUUUUAAUCACGUUUUUUGCAGUCUUGCAAUCGGUUAUAAGGCUAAAUUAAUGCCUGGUCAGUUUAGGUCAUCUCACUGUUGCAGGUGAAACAAUUGGAAUUGGCAAGAUGAUAAAACAAUGCUGUACAUGAUUCUGUAAAGUCGUCUUCAGUUCAGUCUAGUGAGCUUGGUGGUUGCAGCUUGAGUACUGAUAACCUGAGACUCACCCUGGUCCUGAGCUCAGUCUUGCCUGUCAGGAGGAGGGUGUGCGCCUGUAAGGGUAAUUGACUUAAGAAUAGAUAGGUCUCACUGAAAAUGGCCUAAAGGUACCACUGUACCUCAGGGUAGCAAUAACUCAAUAACUGUUUCACUCACCUCUGGGGUCUAUUAUUUAUGACGCACUGUGGCAAGUUCUUAAAAUUAAGUGAAUAAUGUAUAUUGUUUUGGAGAGAGACCAUCGGUUUAAUUCACUAACCAUGACAAAAAGAUGGACUAUUAACUAUGUUUACAUAAUCAGCAUCGUCACAAUUUCAGAGAAAUAUUUAUUAACAUUCCCAUUUCCUAGAAAACACUACCAAAACACAUUAGAUGUUGUAUACCAUUCCCAUUCUGAGCUUCUGUCAGUUAGCAAUGGUGUAGCAGUGUCAUAAUAAAGGAGGAUAUUGAUUUUGCUUCCUGUGUGAAAAUAUUCACCAUACCCCGUUACCACUUAUUGAUCUAAGAAGCCAAUAGCUUAUGAUUGAAAAGAAAAUUGAGAUAAGAAAUAACAUGGAAAGUUAAUCUCUGUAAGGACUUAAAGCGAUGUGCCUCCUCAUUUUCUCUGUUGGUGUUAUUGUAUGUUGUACCCUUGUAUAUUGUAUAGAAUUGUGUGUUGUUUGGAUUAUUAAGUUUCAACCAUUUGUUCUAUUGUAAUUAAUCUCUCCCAUAAUGAUCACUGACAGAUACCAAGCUUGCAAGUUUUCAAAGACUGCAGUCGUGUCUAACGACAGCAUAAACGAGCUGCUGUUUAAAUUAAGACAGCUAAUAACAUAGCAAUAACACAUUAAUUAUUAAGGAAUACACAAAUGGCACAGAAAGAAGUUAACACGAAGAGGGACACAAUCUAGCAGCAGUACUCCAAAGGGGACUCCAAAUGUUACCACCUGUUAAUCCCACCACAGUCCCCCCCCCCCAAAAUAAAGGUUGAACCUAUUUCAGUGAUUGAAACGGCAA